AUGGACCAACAUGUUCCUCAUGAAAUAGGUCAGGAUUCUCGGGUGGCGAAGAUACUUCGUGUUGAAGGUCGUGAUGCUGAUAGAAGAUCUCCUCUUCAUUCAGUUUAUCGGAUGCCGUUAUCUUCAAAUGAUCCUCAGGCAGAUCAUCAGAUUGGGACUGAGAAUAGGAUUGAAUCAAGGCACACAUCACGUGGAAAUACACCGGUAGAAGUUGGAAAGGAGAAUCCCACAACAGAAGAAAGGGAGUGUUUGGAAGCUCGCGAGGCUGUUGUGGAAAACAAAAUUGAUUUUAAAAUUGAAGAUAGAAAAAGAAACGAUGCGAGACAUCGAGAUUGGGGGAACAUGGAAAAAGAGAGAAGUGAUCACAGAAACAGUACACAAGUUAACAAUAUCAAUGGUGAAAACACAGAAUCUGCCAAAGAAGAUAAAAACGCAGAAAAAUGGGAGAGGAAAGAUACUCCAAAAAACAAAGAAAAUUCAAAAGAGAGGGAAAAAGAAAAUAUCAAGAGGGAAUCAUGGAACGGAAUGGAGAAAGGAGUUUCAUGUAAUGAAAAGGAACUUGGUGGUGGAUCAGUAAAAAUUCCUGAGCACGCAACUGUAUUACCAGAGCAAAAGAAACAUGAUGUUGAUAGGAGGAAAGAACGGGACACUGAUUUAGAAGGAGAUCGACCUGAUAAGCGCUUUAAAUUUGACAAGCAAUCACAAAAUGAAUUUGCCGAUGGGGAAGGGAGUGGAGAGAAAGGGAGCGAAGACCAUAGUUGUAAUGUUCAGCAGCGUAAGAGGAUACAAAGAUCGAGAGCUAGCCCUCUCGUCACCAAUCUAGAGGCUCGUUUUGGACCCCACGCCCAAGAUAAUGAAGAGUAUUUUCUUCCUCUACUUUUUCGUUUACUUAUUUUAUGA